UGAAGCCAAACUGGGAGCUUAAGAAAAGAACAAAGCCAUAAAUGGCUCUUUCUGGCAAUGGCGACGGUGAAUUUUCCACCAUUUUUCCCUUUGAGAAGAUGGGGCCAAGGGGGUCCUCGACUUGGACUCCUUCGGGCGCCCACUUGGGCCCCUCCCAGCAGCUGGGCCUCUCGGCGAGGAGUCUCCUGCGCAAGCGCCGGCCCGGCCGUCGCAGAGGCGAGAGAGGAGAAGCCGAGCGAGGAGCCCAGGGGCGACGGCGCCCCCCGCCCGGGCGCAGGCGCGGCGCGAGCUGGGCCGGCCGGGCCUCGCGAGCGCGGGGUCCCGCGGGAUCGCACGCUCGCCGCCGCCGCGGAGGAGGGGGCGUGGUGUGGCGGCCGCGCAUGUGCAGCGCUGCCCACGUGAUGUUCAGCCGCCCGUGCUGCUGCCAGCUGCCGCUCCUGGCUGACGUGGAGGGCCGCAGGCGGCAGCGGCUGCGGCGGCGGCCCUCCUUCGAGACUGGCAGUCGGCGGUCCCGGCACGCGGGGCGCGGCAAGGCCGCCGGAUGUCUCUCCGUGUCGCAGAGCGGCCGCGAUGCCCGCUACGCAUCGCCGUGGGUGUGUGGACGCUGCGCCAUGGACAUUUUGGCCCUGGGAGAGUGCACCACAGCUGAUUAUGCGUGGCUAGACGAUUGCCCGUAUGUGAGCGAUACUGUCUAUACUUCUGAAUUUAUUCCCAAUGAUUAUGUUCGUGUGACUCAACUCUACUGUAAUGUGGUGGGUAGGCAGUAUAAAGAUCACGCCGAAAGUGAGAGAAACUUGGAAUUCGACAUCUGCAAUAUGUGGUGUACUAAACCAGUUUCUGUCCUGCGAGAUUACUGUGAUGCCAUUAAAAUUCACAUCUUCUGGCCACUUCUGUUUCAACAUCAACACAGUUCCAUAAUAUCACGGCUGUAUCCCUGUGUGGAGGCCAAUAGUUUUCAUGCUUCUGAGAUAAGUUUGAAGGAAUUGCAACAUCUAGAGUUGAUGGAAGAUAUUGUGGAUUUGGCGAAGAAAGUUAUGAACAAUUCCUUCUUUAUUGGAGGCUUACUGAGAAUUGGCUAUAAAAUAGAAAAUAAUAUAUUGGCAAUGGAAGAAGCUUUGAAUUGGGUGAAAUACACAGGCGAUGGAGCAAUUCUAUCUAAAUUAGGAGCAGUUGAAAAUUGUUGGCCUAUGUUAAGUAUUUUCUUUACUGAAUACAAGUACCACAUAACUAAAGUUGUAACAGAAAACUGCAAUAUACUUGAAGAAUUUGAAAGACAAACUUGUUUGGAGUGUAUACAGCAAGGAGAACUAAUGAAAAUGAAAGGAAAUGAAGAGUUUUCCAAAGAAAGAUUUGAUCUAGCUAUUCUCUAUUACAGCAGAGCCAUUGAAUACAGUCCUGAAAACCACCAUCUUUAUGGUAAUCGAGCUCUUUGUUUUAUUCGCACGGGACAGUUCAGAAAUGCACUUGGUGAUGGCAAGAGAGCCAUUAUUCUGAAGAACAACUGGUCAAAGGGUCAUUAUCGUUACUGUGCUGCUCUUUCUUUGCUGGGAGAAUAUGACUGGGCUCUGCAAGCAAACAUUAAAGCUCAAAAGCUCUGUAAAAGUGACCCUGAGGGAAUCAAUGACCUAAUUCAGCAGCAUGCUAAGUUACAAAAACAAAUGGAAGAUUUGCAAGGUGGAACAUCAACUAGGAAUCCAGUUAGAGUCUUUUAUGAAAGCAGAGUCUACACACCUAGUCUAACAUCACCUGCGUUUAGUACUUCACUUAACUUUGUAGAGAUCGAAAGAGAUCCCGAAGAAAGCUACCACGAAAUGGCAUACGGUAGCAAUCAGCAUCUAACGGUGGUAGAUGAAGCUUUGAAUAUAGAUGAUUGUGACUGUCAUCCUGAAUUUCCACCACCAUCAGGCCAGUCUCCAAAGCAUAAAGGAAAACAAAAAUCUCGAAACAAUGAGUUGGAGUUCAGCUGUAGUUCACAAGGGAACUUUCCAGCAGAUUUGAAAAACCUCUUGGACAAACAGUUCUCUAAAUCUUCCAAAGCUGCACACCAGGACUUUGCUAAUAUAAUGAAAAUGCUGAGGAGCCUGAUCCAGGACGGGUACACAGCUCUGCUGGAGCAGCGGUGCCGCAGCGCGGCCCAGUCCUUCUCGGAGCUGCUCAACGGCCUCGAUCCACAGAAAGUAAAGCAAUUGAACCUUGCCAUGAUUAACUAUGUCUUAGUGGUGUACGGACUUGCUAUUUCUCUCCUUGGAAUAGGACAGCCUGAGGAAUUAUCUGAAGCUGAAAACCAAUUUAAGAGGAUGAUUGAACACUACCCCAAUGAGGGCCUUGAUUGCUUGGCCUUCUGUGGAAUUGGAAAAGUGUACUUGAAAAAAAACAGGUUUCUAGAAGCUCUUAAUCACUUUGAGAAAGCAAAAAACCUGAUUUGUCGACUCCCUGGAGUGCUAACUUGGCCCACAAGUAAUGUGGUUAUUGACGAGACUCGGCCGGGGAAAAUAAAGAUGAUCUUAGAUAAAUUUAUUGAAGAAUGCAGGUUCCCUCCAGUGCCAGAUGCUGUUUGUUGCUAUCAGAAGUGCCAUGGAUAUUCCAAAAUCCAGAUAUACAUCUCAGAUCCAGACUUUAAGGGUUUUAUACGAAUCAGCUGUUGCCAGUACUGCAAAAUAGAAUUUCACAUGAACUGUUGGAAGAAGUUAAAAACAACAACCUUUAAUGAUAAAAUUGACAAGGAUUUUCUACAAGGAAUUUGUCUUACCCCUGACUGUGAAGGUAUUAUUUCUAAGAUUAUCAUCUUCAGCAGUGGUGGUCAAGUUAAAUGUGAAUUUGAACACAAAGUCGUAAAAGAAAAGAAGGUUCCUUCAAAACCUAUUCUGAAACAGAAAUGUUCUAGCCUAAAGAAGCUAAGACUGAAAGAAGACAAAAAACUGAAGAGAAAGAUCCAAAAGCAGGAAGCAAAAAAAUUAGCACAAGAAAGACUGGAAGAGAAUUUACGGGAAAGUAAUCAACCCAAAACGGAAGAGCCUAAAGAAACUGUCGCCCGUGCUGAGAGCUGCCAGUUCCUAGACGACAGGAUCUUGCAGUGCAUCAAGCAGAACUCCGACAAGAUCAAGUCCGGGGUGCUGGAUGCGUCCAAGCUCCUCAAAGAGCUGCUCUCCUGGAAGGUUUUGAGCACAGAAGACUACACCACCUGCUUUUCCAGCAGAAAUUUUCUAAGUGAAGCGGUGGACUACGUCAUUCGUCACUUGGUUCAAGAAAAUAAUAGAGUCAAAACAAGGAUAUUCCUGCAUGUUUUGAGUGAGCUGAAAGAAGUGGAGCCAAAGUUAGCCACUUGGAUCCAGAAACUUAAUAGCUUUGGUUUAGAUGCCACAGAAUCUUUCUUCUCCCGUUUUGGAGCAUCUCUCAAGGAGCUUGAUUUUAGCAUCAUGACUUUUCUCUGGAAUGAGAUGUAUGGUCAUAAACUAAGCUCUAUAGAAGGAAAGCAACUUGACUAUUUCUGCGAGCUGGCAUCAUUGAAGGAAGCCCGGUGUCUGAUUUGGCUGCUGGAAGAACACAGAGACAAGUUUCCAGCCUUGCACAAUGCGUUAGAUGAAUUCUUCGAUAUCAUGGACAGCCGCUGCACGGUGCUGAGGAAGCAAGACAGCGGGGAUCUGCCAUUUAAUUCUCCCAAGAUAAAAAACAAAGGCAAGAAAAAGAAGCCAAAAGAUUUAAAGCCUAUGUUAGUUGGGUCUGGAACAACUUCAAUAACACCUAAUAAUGAGAAUAUCACUUCAGGUGAAGACCAUAAGCGCAAUUCAAAUUCCACAGGCCCAUUUGUAGUGCCUGACCACCUUCGGCAAGACGUAGAAGAAUUCGAAGCUUUGUAUGGACAGCACAGCAAUGAAUAUGUUGUCCAUAAGAAGAAGGUGUGGGACAUUAACCCAAAGCAAAAAAGUUCAACUCUGUAUGAUUAUUUCUCUCAGUUAUUGGAAGAGCAUGGUCCCUUGGAUAUGAGUAACAACAUGUUCUCUGAAGAAUAUGAAUUCUUCCCAGAAGAAACUCGUCAGAUACUAGAAAAAGCCGGAGGUUUGAAAUCUUUUCUCCUGGGAUGUCCUCGUUUUGUUGUGAUUGACAACUGUAUUGCUUUGAAGAAAGUUGCAUCACGACUCAAGAAAAAGAGAAAGAAGAAAAACAUCAAGACAAAAGUGAGAGAAGUAUCAAAAACAGGAGAGUGUUUACGAGGUAAACUGCCGCUGAAUCCAACCGCUAGGGAAUUUAAACCAGAUGUGAAGUCCAAAGCAGUGUCCACUUUAUCUUCAGCACCAGCUUCUGAAGAUGUAAAGCCCCAGCUUGCAUCUGCUGAUGCUCCCAAACUAGCCUGUGAAGCCGAGAAGCCACAACCAGUGUCCGAGAAUCCUCCCAGGCCAGUCUCAGAGGGCGAGAAGCCCAAAGAGGUCUCUGCCAGUCCUCCCAAAGCAGCCUCUGAGGAUGCGAGCCGCCAGCAAGCAGCCUCUAAGGAGGCGAGCCAACAGCGAGCAGCCUCUAAGGAGGCGAGCCAACAGCGAGCAGCCUCUGAGAAUGCGAGCUGCCAGAGAGCAGCGUCUCAGCAUGCGAGCCGCCAGAGAGCAGUGUCUCAGCAUGCGAGCCACCAGCGAGCAGCAUCUCAGCAUGCAAGCCGCCAGCGAGCAGCAUCUCAGAAUGCAAGCCACCAGCGAGCAGCCUCUACGGAGGUGAGCCACCAGCGAGCAGCAUCUCAGAACAUGAGCCGCCAUCGAGCAGCCUCUCAGCAUGCGAGCCGCCAGCGAGCAGCCUCUGAGGAAACGAGCCGCCCACGAGCAGCCACUCGGGAGGUGAGCCGCCUGCGAGCUUCCUCUGUUUCUCCCAGGCCAGCUCAUGAGGACGUGAAAACAACCUAUUGGACUCAGGCCCCAAUGGUCACAGGGUACUGUACAUACCUUCCCUUUGGGCCAUUCCAGGUUGCCCCACCACCACCAGCAUACAUAAGCAUGGUGCCAACGUUGCCCCAAUACACUCUUUACACCCCGAUGGCCACCAUCUCAACUGAGUAUCAGCUGCAAACCUCGGUGACAGUGGUGUCCUCUUACAUAGCCAAUGACAGGCCAGGUCAGAGUGCUGCUGUGUAUUGUGAGGGGCGCCGUCGUCUGAAUGCUGAGCGUGCCCCUGGCCAGCAGAUUGCCUCAGAAACACAGAUCCCUCCGAACUCUUUGGAGAUGUCAGGACAGUCACAGUGCGGCACAGGUGGUGCUGCCCCAGCCCAGAGUGAGCCCAGCAGAAACCAUGGUCACUGUGCAAAUGCUGCCCACAAGCAGGAAGCAAACCCAGAAAGGACCGAUGAAGCAACGGAUAUUCCACAUACACAAGGGUUUGCCACACAGGUGUCUGGGAGUGUAGCACAUCAAGAAGUCAACACUGAGCCAUAUGAUCCUUUGGAGGCACAACAGGAGGAUAUUUCACAGAUUGAAAAGGAGUCCCACGUUUUACAAGAGCAGCUUAAGGAAGCCCGUGAAAAUUACGAGAAGAGAAAACUCCAAGGCUCAGAAGAGACCAGGGACCUGGAAGAAAAGUUGAAAAGGAACUUGGAAGAAAACAAGAUCUCAAAGACAGAAUUAGAUUGGUUCCUCGAAGAUUUGCAAAAGGAAAUUAAAAAAUGGCAACAGGAGAAAAAACAAAUACAAGAGAGACUAACAGCACUAAAGAAGGAAAUGAAAAGGGUUUCAGAUGCCACUGAAACGUACACCCAGAAAAAUGAUGGACAGGAAAAGGAACACGAAUUCCUUCUGGAUCAGUCUUCUGAAACCAGUAAUACUUUUACAAAUGAGAAAACGAAAAUAGAAGAGCAAAUAAGGAGAGGGAAGGAGCAAUAUGAAGAGAUUCUUCAAAGAGCUGUGGCUGCAGAGAUAUCUGUGCUUGAAAACCAGAAAGAGAUGGAAGUGUAUAAGUUACAGAUCGUGGAAUCACAAGCUGAAGGGUAUCUGAAGACCCUGAGCCAAUUGCAAAGUGAUCCUGCAGCAUAUCCUGAACUAGAGUCUGACAUGGAUUCAUGGGAAUCAUUUCUUUCUGAUGUUAGAGAAGAAAUUGAGAAAACAGAGUCUCAGUUUGAAGAACAAAUUAAGGCCAUUAAAGCUGGCUCUCGGCUCAGUGAGCUUUCUCCAGUGCAGAUAUCCGAGCAUCCGUUUCCCGCAUGGGGCGCAAUUUGCCCCAAGUCACCUCCUGAGUCUCCAGGCCACGAUGAUCAGGGUCCCUCGACGUCUGCAAGUCCCACAGCGGUUCCCAGGGAUCCAAGCCUGGUCUCUGACGGUGAUCGCCCAGUGGGGGCUCCCUCGCCACCCCUGCCAGCAUCACCCUCCGCUCAGCAGGAGUGUGAGAGCGCAGGCCCGGCAGCUCGGCCAAAACACAGCCUCCCGUCUGAUCAGAAGCCGCCUGCUGCUCAGGGACGAGCCGCCCGUCCUAGCCCGUCUCCAAAGAAGCCGUUCAACAGCAUCAUCGAGCACCUGGCGGCGGUCCUGCCCGGUUACAGCAGCACCGAGCUUGCUGGUUUCAUUAGAAAAGUGCGAAGCAAAAGCAAGACCUCGCUGUCAGGACUGAGCGUUGAUGAAAUCGUCCAGAGAGUGAAGACACACGUUCUAGGGACACAGCAAAGCCAGCAGCCAAGUCCGGGACAAGACAGUUCCGCUGCCUCGGGGCCUGGGGCCUCCCGGGGCCUGCCCACCGUGAUAGCUGGACCUUCGCCCAAAGCCCGCCAGAGGACAGGAGGUGCCCCUACACUGGGUGCACAGUCCUGUGAGCUCUGCCAUGAGGUGUUCAAGUCCAAAAACGUGCUUGUGCUGAGCUGUGGGCACAAGUUUCACAAGGGGUGCUGGAAGCAGCAUCUGAAAUGCCAGAGCACCUGCCCGGCCUGCCUCGGCCGCACCUCCCGUCGGUAGAGGAGUAACACACCUUCCGGAAGAGGCCUGCUGCCCAGGUAGCCACGGCCCCCCCACGGGAACUUGGCGGUUAGUCGAAUUGGAAGAACAACAACAUACACUUCUGAUGUAAAAGGCAAACAUUUGAAGAUUCUUUGCACUGUGUCACAGUGCUAGUAAGUGGAAAUCUUCAGUGUAGUUGAUAGUAAUUUCCCCGCUCUGAUUAAACACUUCAGUAACAGCCUGAAUUGGCAUGACCACAUUCUCACGCGGCUGGGCUGCCGCUGGGACCACGGCUCUGCAUGACACCCCAGAGCCGUCCUCUGUGCGUGACCUGUCCAGGCACCCAGGUGAGAAUUCCAACAGGAGUCAUGUUCCUGGAAACACGCCAACAAGCUUCCUCAAAGAUUCUGCGUUUUAAAAAUGGGCUUAGGCAAACCAAAUUUUAGUCAUAUUUCUUUAAUGUUGAAAUUUUGGCUGAAUUAGACCAAAAGAUUAGAAUCUCAUGUGAAACAUUGUGUGUUUUAUAUUGUUAAUUAUUUCUUUUUCCAAAAGUAGAUUUGUAAAGUGCUUAUUUGUCCUCUUCUAAAGAUAACAUCUGACUUUUGAAAAUUGAUUAUCAACCACUUUCUUGGAUCAGCCUCUUUACCACUGAAAUCGAGGCUGUGUUCACAGUCCCAUCUCCCAGGUGGCGCUGCCCUUGUGGCUCCUCCUCUUCUCCUGGGCCUCUUCCUGCUUCCUGGUUAGACCAGGUGCCGGUCUCUGCUCGCAGCGGCAUUGUGGGGAGCAGACAGCACCAUCCCUUCCCAGUCCCACCACCUAAGACAGCCUCUUGGUAACUGGCCACCCACGGUGUCCCUGCUCCAUCCUUCCAUGUUUGUGCGAAGUAGCGUCUGCCUCCUGGCUAACUCCAGUAGAAACAGGAAAAACUAGUUCUCGGUACUGACAUACCGACGGUAAACAGAACCACAAAUUCUGGACACAUUCCAUUUCUCUCAAACAGGAAGGAGCAAUAUAUUUUUCUGUGUUUUUUGUACCCUGGAAGCUCAGUCCCAAGUUCCUGAGCCAGUCUGUGCCUCCUCUGCCUUGUUCCAUGCGUUCGAUGUCUCAGUGGCGCCUGUAUAUGCUUACUGCCUAUUUUGAAGAAGAUUCUCCUGCCACCUUGCCUACAUGUUCCUAAUGCCCGCGCACUGUCCGCAGGCAGGUACACAGGGACCAGUGUGUAGCAGCAGGUACCGAGGAUAAAGCAGCUGGGAAAUGAGACGUGCGUUGUACAUAGUUUCAGACUUGUGCACAUGCCUUACACAUCUGUGAGUGUCACAAUAAAGAGUAUUUUAAAUGGCA